GGAUUGCUUCGUCUUUAUAAUUUAUAAACAAAUGCAUAUAAAUUUCCUAUUAGUAUUUUAAUAAAUUUUACUUAGUUACGCCGUGUGUGGUGGGAUAAAUAAAGCAAAUUAUCUCGCAGAUAUUUUAUGCGCGUAAAAAUUUUAAUACUUCCUCUUAAAAAUGACCGUAAUUGCCGUAGAUGGUGUGCCGCCAAAGCUCACUAUGAAACUAUUUAUUAGAAAGCUUUCAUGGGUUGUGAAAGGCCAUUUUGAAGCCCUCGGCUUUGAGUUCAAGAAAAACAGCCCAAAGAUUUGUUAUUUAAAAUUGUCGCCGAAUUUGAAUGCAGCUGAUGUUAUAAGAAGAAUCAACAACUAUGAGACACCAAGUGGGAAAUUUAAGUUAAGAGCAUAUGUCCCUUCAACAGUUCCGAAUUUAGGUGCAAAACCUGUAACAUUGUCAAACAGAUUGAGAAGAGUCAUGAAGAUACCAUUGGAAUUGACGCCAGAGGAGUGUUUUCUAAAAGUACACAAUGAAAUCAUCAAGGAAAUGGUAUACAAGUUUACAGGACUGCUUAAUCUGAGUAAAAAGACCAACCACAAACUUAUGGAUAAUAUAUGCCUUACGGUAGCCGAGAGGCUGAGACGCGUCUCCAACUCGUCUAAAAUAGUCAAUACACCGUUCAAACUCAGCUCGGCGUACAGGAAAGCGCACCCGCACUUUGGCGAUUUCCAAUUCAUUCUGUGCACUUUGCAUAUGUUGGAGGAUGCGCAGGCGCAGCAGAGGUCGCAGAUCAGCGAGAAGGAGUUGACAGUUGUCUACUAUAAUCCGGAUGUUAUAAAUAACGUACGUCAUGACAACGCAAGAGAAACAUGCAAUAAAUACUCGGAGAGAAUUAUUAAGAAGGUGACAGAGCACAUAAAUAGUCUAAAGACAGACUCGCACCCGGACCAGACUGAAGAAGAGAAAGCAAGAGUUAAUGUAAGGAAGCAGUUGAAGAAGAUAGCACCAUAUUUAGCACUGAUGGUCAAAGAGGUGACGGGGGCACAUUUGAAACCUGUGAAGCAAUCCUUCUACGACGUUAGGAUAUACGGCGAGCCGUAUUACCCGAGCCGCGAUGAAGUUAAAGUGUUCCUGAAGAAGUUCGGAGCUAGAUCGGUGCACAGGGACGACGCCAUGUUCAACCUGGCUAUGUUCAAGCUGACCCGGCAGGCGUAUAUGAACAUUAUGAACGAGGAUGGAGUUACCAUAGGGGGCUGUAAACUUACGAUACGUGGUUCAGAUUUACCGACAUACAAAAUCCCUGAAUCGGUCUUGAAGCAAAUAUCGAUUUCGGAGCCAGCUCUAGAGGAAGGACAUGUCGUGGCGGAGGAAAAUUGGGAAGAUUGGUGAAUUUAUUUGUUGGAAUAAAUGUAUAUAAGGAGAAUUAAAAUAUAUGAUUUUAUGUAA